UUAACUCGCUCCACAUGAGAGUGGUAUGGCACAUGAAACUACAAUGUCCAGAAGACAUGUCUCUUCUCUCUCCUCCGCCUCUAACGUUUUCAAAAUACCGAAAGUUUGCCAACAGGAAUGAAUGCAACGUUAGUUACCUAACCGGAGACCAGUGAACUAUACGACGCCAUGUUGGCCCGCGUGGGUGCUAUAACAACAGCAGUUCUCGGCUCUGCAGUGUUCUGGGCGCAGCAGAAAAACACCGAGCCUGUACAGGAACACUUGGAUUUGACCAAUACUCCUAGUUCCGACCAGUCCUCAUCUCAGUAUGAGCUGAAACUUGUUCAGGUGUUGUUUAGACAUGGUGCGAGAACACCGCUGAAGUCUAUACCAGAUGUUUUGGAGGCACGCUGGGUUCCUGACCUUCUGGAGGUUCCAGAUCACACCAAGAUCGAUUAUGUCGUUACAGACCUGCAGGGAGGCCCAAGACCUCCUUCUCCUGUGGAGGACAGCUACAGAGCUAAAACCCUGGCGGGUGGCACGUAUCCGGGUCAGCUGACCACAGUGGGCAUGCAACAGCUGUAUGAUCUAGGACUAAGGCUGAGGAGGAGGUACAUUCAGGACAUGGCCUUCCUUAGCCCAUUCUUCAACAGUAAAGAAGUUUACGUUCGUUCAACCAACAUCGUCCGCACCAUCGAAUCAGCCAGGUGUCUGGUAGCAGGGUUGUUCCAGCAGCAAAACACGGACACCGUGUCCAUCGUCACAGAAGAAGCAGAGAAAGAGAUCCUCUACCCAAACUACCAUGGAUGCAAACUUCUCAAGCUGCUCAGUGGAUCCCGUUGGGCAAAAUCGUCCACGUUGCCCGACAUUGCUUCUGAUCUACAGAGCAUUCAGAGCGCGUUGGGUGUCGGGCCUCAUCAGCGUCUUGACUUCAUCCUCAUUAGAGAUGACAUGGUCGCCAGAGAGACUCACAGGCUGCCGUCCCCUGCAGCACUCGAUAGCUGGAGAGCUAAAGUAGAGCAGAGGGCUGUGGAUAUGAUCUGGUACAUCUAUGAGCCCAGUAACAGGGAAAACCUACAGCUGUGUGUGGGUCCUGUCCUUCACACUCUUCUCACUAACAUGGAGACCAAAGUUCAGGGUAAUGCCUCAGAUUCAGACAGGAAGCUGUUUCUGUACUCGGUGCACGACACUACGCUAAUGCCGUGCUUGAUGGCGCUGGGUGUGUUCGAUAUGAGAUGGCCUCCGUAUGCUGCAGACAUCACGCUCGAGCUGUACCAAAACCGGCACGACAUGCAGCACUAUGUCAAAAUAUCCUACAUCGGGCAGGAUCAGAAAAUCCCCGGGUGUAGUGAUGUCUACUGUCCUCUGAAAGAGUUUAAGCAGGCAUUGUCCGUGUACGCGCUUCCUGCGGAGAGCUACCACACCCUCUGCAACCGCAGAGCAGAAAACCCCACCUACUGACUUCACACUACCUCACGCCUUUGAAAACACACACACACACACACACACUAAGUCCACUAAGGUUCAACACCAUCCAGUUCUGUUCAGUUCAGGUUUACACGUGCCGAUGGAAGAGCUUUAUUCUGGUGUUCAUUACUUGUUUUAUUUUGCUUUUAGGGUUUUUCUUCAGCAGUAUUAGUAUCAGCAGAUUUACAUUUUAGUUUAGGACGGUCUCGAUCGUAAAGCUCAGCAUUUGCACAUCUCAUGGUCAACGAAUAAAAACUGCGUCCUGUACUUAUUGGAAGUUAUGUCUAAGUAGACUUGGUUUUUAUCAUAUCAUCAGUCACUAUAACACACACGCACACAAAAAAAAAAAGCUAAUCCAAAAUGAUGCUUUAUUAAAGAUUGUUAAUACAAGGUAAGAAGGGGAAAUGGCCCCGAAACGUGAUCUUAUUUAUUUUGUUAUAUGUAAUGUAUGCAGCAAUUUGUCACUCAGGGGCCAGUUUUGCAUUUGUGGACCUAUUGUCCUCAUGAGUGUGUGCUUAUCUUAUUCCCCCCUCUAUGGGGUGUUUUACUGCAGUGCUAGCAUAUCUAUGAUGUGAAAGAUGAUGUCGGUGGUUUCGCCUCGUGUUUUUUUGUGGAUUUGUUUCAACUUUACUUCUGUCAUUAUAAUGUGUCCUUUUAGUAAAUAUACAUUUUUCAUGGUGUUCAAGCCUAAUCAAUGAAUAAAUUAUUGUGCAGUCCAA